AUGUGCCUCAGAUCCAGGGCCGCGCGAGCCAGCAGGUUGGCCGCGUCUGCACCCGGGGAGGGCGCUGCCUGCAGUGGCGCCAAGAGGGAUAGGAUCUCAUCCGCCGCCCCCAAGCACGCUGCUUGCGGCGAGGACGAGGGUCACGAUACGGACCCCUUGCUGGGCCUCCGCCAGCGCCAACAAAACCCGGGAGAACAGGCGGCUGCUGGACAGAGCGCUGCGGGGACACCGCACGGUUGGCUACCUCGACAAUGGCGGGAAGAGAACGAGGAGCGUCUGGCGGAACGGAGCGACAGGCUGUCGCCGCCUGCGACUCACGGAGAGCAGUUGCGAGCACGUCCGGAAGCCUCUCCAGGGCGCGCGCAAAGUCCGACGCAGACUGGCGACCCCCGCCCUCGCGUCCGCGGCCCCCGCGACUGCCACGCCGCCCACGACUAUUCGACCACGAGCGGGCUGGAGAUUGGGGCCGGGACGUGCUGCGCGGGCGGAGCGCAGGGGAUCGCUCACGACGCGAUGGAGAAUGGCGCCGCUGGCGCUUCACCGGCGAUUCGCGCGGAGAACGGCGAGCAGGAGAGCGACGCCCUGAGGAUCGGCGCGCGGGUGAAUGACAGCGAGGCGAAUGGCGAGAUGGGGAACGGUGACUUGGCGUACGACGCCCAGGGGAACGGCUGCGGCUCCCCUGACGACGAGGGGAGCGACGCUCGCGGCGAUCUUCACGCCGCCCCUCGCAGCGUUCGUCACGAGGCUCAGGCGUCCGACGACGCGGAGAACGCCCCCGGUGCGGCUCCGCCAAGGCGCCAGAACGCACAGCGGACUCCGCGCGGGUUGCCACUCUCGGAGGCGAAUCAGCGACGCGCGGCCCGGGAGGACGGCGCUGGUCCUCAAAUCGGCGCCGGAUUUGGUCCGCAGCAGCGGGAGGACGAGCAGGAACGCUCACCGCCGGGCGUGGCGGAAGCACUCUCCGCGGUACACUCGCGGUCGUGGGCGGACGGAAGCGCCAUCUGCGCAAGCACAAGGCGCAAUUCCAACACAAGGGGAGCCUACAACCCCGACUUUCCCCACGCAACAGGCGGCGCUAGCAGCAGGGACCCCGCAGAGCGGACGGGGAAGCGCGCGGGGGAGAGGAUCGCGACGAGGAGCGCGCGGAGGACAGAGGAGCGCAGGUCAAGCGGCGAGGGGGCGCGGGCGCCAACCACCGAGCCCAAUCUGGCUAGGGGAGCCGGCGGAACGAAUCACGCGGCAGUCGUUCGCUAG